UGUUUCAGAAUUAUUGGACCUUUAUGAGGAAGAUCCUGAGGAUGUUCUCUAUAAUCUUGGAUUUGGAACAGAUGAACCUGACCUUGCAUCUAAAAUUCCAUGUCGAUUUUUUAAUGCUGCAUCAUUUGCAAGAGGAAUUGAUUUUAAGCUAUUUUUAGAUGCUCAAAUGCAACGUGUGGAAUUGGACAAUCCAAAUUUUGCUCUUACAAGCCGGUUCCGCCAGAUUAAAGUUCUCACCACAGUGGCUAAUGUAUUCUCCUCACUGUAUUCUCAAGUUUCUGGUGCCCCUGUGAAAAGGAUCGGUAGUUCAACCGAAGACCCAGCUGCAGGUGAAGCUCCUGCAAAUGGAAACAUUGCAGCUGGUAGAUUAAAGAAAACCAUGUCAAAACUCCAUUUACUUGGGCCACAGCAGGUAAAAGUAUCAGAAACAAGCAAUCAAGCAGAGUCAGCAGAUACGGAAAAUUCUCAAGCAUCACAGUCUCCUGGCACCAACGAAAGUAUGACUGACAAUGAGAAGAAAGAGGAGGUAAAACAAAAGAAAGAAGCAAGGCUGCAGAAAUGGCGUAAAUUGACUGACUCUUCACUGAAGCCUGUAGCUGAAGAAGUGAUUGGUGGAAGUGAUUCUCCUUUAAGUCCCUUAGAAUCUAUCCCUCAGGGGACUAUGUGCGACAUAACAGCUGGCCAGACAUCCGUGCUGAAUGGUUCUGUGUCCACUCGGAAAGGAUCAGGGAAUCGUCUGAAAGAGGAUAGUAGAAUCUCAGAUUCUGUUCUAACUGAAGACCUCCACAGUACCUCCACAGACACAGAACAUGAAGCCAGCAGUGACCUGACAUCUGUCCACUCCCAGGAAAGUUCAGAGAUUGUGAGCAUGGGGUCAGUGUGUUCAACUCGUGAUAAAGGGCCUGCAGCAACUAUUCAGCAUCCGUUUGUGAAAACUCUGAUGGAAGAGCAGAAGGAAUUCUCAUUUGAUUUAGAAGAGGUUCAAAGCAAUGAAGGUGAAGGGACAAAUAUUCCAGCAACUAGAAGUCAUGCUCUACACGACAGAGUUUCAGCAGCCAGUAAAA